AACACAACCCCCCCGCCCCCCCGCGCCUCAAUCUCUCUCUCCCCGGAGUUCCGUCUCUAUUCUCCGCUCAAUAUCGCAGCAGAAGUGGGCGUCCCUGAUUCUUGCCCCUCCUCUCUCUCUCUCUAUCUCUCUCUCUCCCCUCAAUUCGAACACUUUCUCUCACCCCUCAUUCGCUCUCCCUCUCUCUCCCCUCGAGCCAUCGCACUUGGUUCUCUCUCUCUCAAGCCAGAAACUCUCUUUCUCACCCCUCAGGCGCUCUCCCUCUCUCUCCCCUCAGUCGAUCUCCGUCGACCGGCCGGUUGCUCUGUUGAGUAAAAACUUGAAUGAUGAGUGUUUUCAGGGAUGAUGUUGAGAUUUUAGAUUCUGCUAAUUCUAGUGCCGACGGAGUUGAGAUGAUUGAAGACUUGGAUGUUGAGGUUGUAGAAGAUAGGAACUUGCCCAAGGAACUAAAGAUGAUGUCAUCUUCAUAUGUGGAGCCGUAUGUGGGGCUACAGUUUGACGAUCUAGAAGAUGCACAUACUUGCUAUAAAGUCUUCUCCAGACGAACUGGUUUUAGCAUUCGAACAAACCAUACUCGGUUGUCAAAGGAAAACAGAUCAUUAAUUGGGGUAGAAUAUGUUUGUUCUAGAGAAGGAUUCCGUCGCCAUUAUUCUAAAUUGAAAGAAAGAGUAAGACCCGAGGCUGCAGAAACAAAGAUUGGGUGUAAAGCGAUGAUGACAAUAAGAAAGGAUGGAGAAAAAUGGGUUGUGUCCAAAUUUGUACUUGAGCAUAAUCAUGAGUUGCUAUCACCUAGGAGUACAAGUUUGCUUCGUGGGCAUAGACGGGUGACACCAGCGCAAAAAAAUCUAAUAGAAACGCUAAAUGAAUCGGGGAUACCAACACGGAAAAUAAUGUCUGUUUUGAGUAAGGAGUCUGGUGGUGACUAUAAUGUUGGUUGUAUUGGUAAAGACAUUCAUAAUUACUUGGGCAAAAGAAGGAGAAAAGUUCUUGGAGAGGAAGAUGCACAAAGCUUGUAUACUUACUUUUUAGAAAGUGAACGUAAUAAUCCAGGCUUUGUGUAUUCGAUCCAAGUCGAUGUAGAUGGGUCGAUGGGGAAUUGCUUUUGGGCAGAUGCUAAAUCACGAGCCGCAUACCAAUAUUUUGGGGACGUUGUGACUUUUGAUGCUACGUACCUCACAAAUCGCUACAAGAUGCCUUUUGUUCUAUUUACUGGAGUUAACCAUCAUCAUCAAUCUGUGAUGUUUGGAUGUGCCUUACUCAUAAAUGAGACAGUCGAGUCUUAUACAUGGUUAUUGAAAACAUGGCUAGAAGCGAUGCUUGGUCGUGCUCCAUCUACAAUAAUCACUGAUGAUGACAAGGCAAUGACUAAGGCCAUCGCCGAGGUAUUGCCCGAUACAACUCACAAAUUGUGCAUAUGGCAUCUUUUACAAAAAGUUCCUGAACAUUUAGGUCAUGUCUCUAAUAGAUAUCCACAAUUUCAAGAAGAUUUUCAUCAUUGUAUUCAUGAAACACUCACAGUUGAAGAGUUUGAGUUGGAGUGGACUGAAAUGUUAUUGAAAUAUAAAUUGGAAGAAAAUAGUUGGUUGCAGAAUAUUUAUACUAGGCGGGCAAAGUGGGUGCCGGCUUACUUGAGAGGCAUAUUUUGUGCUGGAAUGUCCACAACUCAACGAAGUGAGAGUAUGAACAAGUUUUUUAAAGAUUAUGUUCGUUCAAAUACGAUGGUUAGUGACUUCGUCCAUCAAUAUGAUAAAGCAUUGAACGCCUUUUAUCUCAGUGAGAAAGAAAAUGAUGUGAAGACAAAAACUACCAAGCCAAUUAUGAGAACUUCUUACAAAGUUGAAGAGGAAGUAGCCAAGAUCUACACAAGAACAUCAUUUUUGAUUUUCCAAGAAGAGUUAUUUAAUAGCCAACGGUACAAAGCUUCUAAAACACGUGAGGAAGAUGGACGAAAAAUAUAUUUGGUGACACUUGAUGGAAAAGAAAGUUCGGCAUAUGAAGUAACACUUGGGAGGGAGAAGCACAAUGUUUCUUGUACAUGUUGUAAGUUUGAAUUUAUUGGCUUUUUAUGCCGGCACAGCCUACAUAUUUUGGGAAAAAAAUCUAUAAUGAACAAUAUACUGCAAUCAUAUGUUUUAGAGAGGUGGACGAUCAAUGCAAAAAGUCGCGUGGUACAUGGGAUAUGUGGUGAUGAGGGGCUAGUGGAGACAGUCCCAACUGCAUUAGUCAUGAAACAUCGUUUGAUGAGACAGUUUUAUGAAGUUGCCGAGAUGGGGUCACAAUCUAUCCAAAGAUAUGAGCAUGUUUCUAGGGGCAUUGAGAAUAUCCGGCAAGUCUUGAUGAAUGUUGAUGACGGAAACAUUGAGGGACAUACGGUCCAUAGCCAAAACAUCGAUGAAUAAAUGUCUCUUGAUGAAUGUUGAUGAUGGAAACAUUGAGGGGCCAGUGGACUCUCAUUCAAAUUUGUAUGAAAUGGUUUUGUUGGUUUUGUGCCGAGACGGCAUUGUAAGAACAGUUUGAAGAAUAUGACACAUUUUGAGAAGGCAUUUUGACA